ACCUUAACAAUUUACGCUCAUAAACCCUAAUCCAACCUCCACGCAGUUUGCCGUCUCCGAACUGUGCUCUCUCUGUCUCUCUCUCAUCAAGAUGGAUGAAAAGAUUGACGUUGUGGGGAAACCGGUUCUCGUGGAACUCGUGAAGGUGGCUCAGAAAAGAGGGAUGAUGGGAAGUAAAGGGAACUGGAAGCAGUUUCUGGCUGUUUAUGACAAACAAUUUGGGGCUUUAUUGAGUGAUCCAGCAAAGAGGUCUGUUGAUGCAUUGGCUUCUUUUCUAAAGACAUUUAGCCAAGAGGAUGAUUUGACGUUUUUCAAGAAAAUAUUACGAUGCCAUUCUACAGUGGAGGAAUUGAAAGAGGAAUCCAAUGGCAUUGAAUCCCCUGAGCAGAGGCUGGUUCGGUUAACUCUUGAGCACCCGCAGUACCCAUUAGAUUAUUCGUUUCCAUCACAUGAGGAGGGAUGGUUGGUAACGAAGCUCAGUAAAAAGAAGAAGACAAUUAGAUCGACUGCCUUGAUUGCCAUUGAUUGUGAGAUGGCUCUCUGUGAAGAUGGGACUGAAGCUUUGGUGAGGGUUUGUGUUGUCGACCGCAACUUACAGAUUAAACUUAAUGAACAUGUAAAUCCGAAUAAAGCAGUUGCAGACUACAGGACUGAGAUUACUGGGCUCACUGCCAAAGAUUUGGAUGGAGUUACUUGUUCAUUGGUCAAUGUGCAGAAAUCCAUGAAGAAGCUGUUAUCGCAUGGAACGAUUUUAAUUGGGCACAGCUUGAAUAAUGAUAUGCAAGCACUGAAGUUAGACCAUGCAAGAGUGAUCGACACCUCUUUAAUCUUCAAAUAUGCGGAUGAGACUAGUUGGAGAAAGCCCUCUUUGAAUAACCUUUGUAAGGCUGUGUUGGGAUAUGAAGUUAGGAAGCAGGGUGAUCCCCACAAUUGUGUAGAUGAUGCAUGCGCCGCGAUGAAACUUGUUCUGGCCAACUUAGAGUCUGGAUUUGAUAAUGUUAUACCUUUGGUUCAUGAGGAUGUGCCUGUGAUUGAAAGGUCAAAACUACUACUGCACAGGAUACCAGUCAAUGUGGCCAGUGAAGAAUUACGUAAAAUUGUUCCUGGGGACUUCACUAUUGAGAUUAAGCCUAACAAAAAGGCUGGAGGAGAUAAGUAUUCUGCCUUUGCCAUUUAUAAGAAUCAACGAGAGGCAAAUCAAGCAUUUGAAAGUAUCAAUGGGAACAAAGAAAAGGACUCUUCCGGACUACCGCAGAAAUGUACUUCAUUCCAACUUGAUUCAGGAAUGACUGGUAGUAUAUAUGUUCGCAAAAUGGCAAAUGAUGAUCCUCUUGGUCUAGCUUCAUCGAGGAAAAGACCUCUCCAAGUUGAGGAGACCACAGCUGAGUCCAAAAAGUUGCACUCAGAUAGGGGUGUUAGAGGGCAGACUGUGUCAGGUUCAAAUGUUUGUGAUGAUCAUGUAAAGGAGAUAGAAAGAUUAAAGCAAGAACUGAAGCAGAGGGACGAAGAAAUCUCCAACCUGAACAAGCUCGUAGUUGCUCUUACAAGGAAACAAGGACUCUAAACAGGCACACUAUCUCAUGGAAGUGUUUCUGCGGUGUAGGGAUACGGAAAAAGUAACGGUGUGUGAUUUUAGAUGCUCGAGAGAGCCUCUCCAGAAUAUCAGAGGAAAAUAUUGGUUGAUCUUUGGCAGCUGGCGAGUGAGUUUGGCUGGAGAUUAACCAGAAGAACAGGGAUAUGCUGCUGCUAUCGUCAUGUUUUUAACAACGUAGAAUGUCAUCAUGGGGGCAUAGCUUUAAUGGUUUUAUCCAAUAUGUUGGUGCUGAUGGAGAAUGAGGGCCGUUGCUGCUUCCACAAUGUACCAUCAAUCGCAUCUCCAAUUUUGCUAUAGCUGUAGCUGUUAUAUUUAAAUUAAUAGGAUUCGAUUUAAGUAGCACAAUGAGAACUAGAUGCCCCUAUGUUUAGAAGGAUUGUUUGAUCAAUAUUGGUAGUCAUGUAAACUUGUUUCUAUUCUAGUAUAAAUUAAUUUCUAGA